AGUUAAUAUAACUCACUCAUUGGACGGCAGUUUCACAGUAGGGAAGCGACUCCCUGGAAAUUACAUUUGACACACCUGUCGUCAAUUGCUUACAGCUGAGCCGGAGUAGUAACACAAGACCGAGUAGGAUACUUCUCUCACAAUAUUGGAGGACAGCUAAAGGAGCUCCGGGAGACAUGGAGUUCAGGGAUCUAACGACCAGGGUCGGACUGUGGUAUGGGAACUUCAUGAAUAAUGCAGACCCCAGGACAGAAGACUGGUUUCUCAUGUCAUCGCCGCUCCCCCAGACCGUAGUAAUCGUGGCGUACAUCUACUUUGUGACGCGGCUGGGGCCCAGGCUCAUGGAGAAACGCAAGGCCUUCCACCUCAAAGAAGUUCUCAUCAUCUACAACUUCAGCGUCGUUGCCUUGUCCCUCUACAUGUGCUAUGAGUAUGUGAUGUCGGGCUGGGGGACGGGCUACACGUUCCACUGUGACCUAGUGGAUUACUCGGACUCGCCGCAGGCAGUGAGGAUGGCAGGGACGUGUUGGCUCUACUACUUCUCAAAGUUCAUAGAGAUGUUGGAUACGAUCUUUUUUGUUCUGAGGAAGAAGAACAGCCAGAUUACGUUCCUCCAUGUCUACCAUCACUCCAUAAUGCCCUUUACCUGGUGGUUUGGUGUCCGCUUCGCUGCAGGUGGCCAGGGGACGUUCCAUGCCCUGUUGAACUGUGUGGUCCAUGUCAUCAUGUACUCUUACUACGGCCUGUCUGCCCUGGGCCCCGCCUACCAGAAGUACCUCUGGUGGAAGAAGUAUCUCACCACCAUUCAGCUGAUCCAGUUUGUGAUCAUAACCACCCACAUCUGGCAGUAUUUCUUCAUGAAGGACUGUCCCUACCAGUUCCCCAUCUUCAUCUACAUAAUAGGCCUCUACGGCCUGGUCUUUCUCCUCCUCUUCCUCAACUUCUGGUACCACGCCUACACCAAGGGCAAGAGGCUGCCCAAGGUCCUUCAAGCCAAAACUUGGGCCCACCCCUACAAUAAAACUAAUGGCCAAUACAAUAGUGAAAUGACCAACGGGAAUGGUUUCCAUCACGACAAGAAUGAGUGACAGGGUGUCCAGCAAAUCAGGCUAAGGAUUGGGGGUUGAAUGCAUUUGAAUAUCAGCCUAUUCAGCAACUGAAAUUAGACAUGGAAUUCCAAUAUAAAAGUCAGCGCACCUUUGAAUUCAAAGAGAAUUGACACCAACCCUCUGGACCUUCUGAUCUCUUCUGUUCUCUCUGCCAAGGCAAUCUCUUCUGUUCUCUCUGCCAAGGCAAUCUCUUCUGUUCUCUCUGCCAAGGCAAUCUCUUCUGUUCUCUCUGCUAAGGCGCAAUCUCUUCUGUUCUCUCUGCCAAGGCGCAAUCUCUUCUGUUCUCUCUGCCAAGGCGCAAUCUCUUCUGUUCUCUCUGCCAAGGCGCAAUCUCUUCUGUUCUCUCUGCCAAGGCGCAAUCUCUUCUGUUCUCUCUGCCAAGGC